GGGGUCAAUUCUGGUUCUAUGAAAAUAUGAAAUGAAAAAAUUAUUUUGAAUUUCGUUUUCAUAACAACUUUUCAUAAUUCGUUUUCAUAAAAACAUAUUUUCCGAUUCUGAUUCAUUUUGUGAAAACAAUGUUUCAAUUCCGUGUCGCAAUGAAACUUUUGUAACUAUGUUAUUGAAAUAAUUGUAAAGUUGACGUUCAUAUGUUAACAGGAAAAAAAUAAUAUUGUCGUAAAAUCAAACAAUAUACGAUAAAAAAUGUCAAGUUCCAUUAUAUUAUAUUAUAUAUCGCAAAGACAUAGAAUAGAACAAAGGAACUCGCUUCGAAUUCUUAGACGCAGUGUUCGGGAUCACCACAAUCCAUUUGAAAUAGCCACAGAGGAGAGCUUUUUUGAGUUGUAUAGGAUGCCGAAGCAUUUGUGUUUGGAACUCAUCGAAGAAUUGAAGCCAUUUUUGCCGAAAUCAAGAAGAGUCCAUGCAAUUCCAUGCCAUCUAAUAGUACUAAGUUCAUUACGUUUUUUUGCUACUGGUAGCUUUCAACGAAGUGUAGGACAAGAUAAUUUAUCCGCUUUAUCUCAAACAUCCGUAAGCAGAUGUGUAACUAUGGUUGCUAAAGCUUUGAACAAUAUUUCACACAAUUAUAUAAUAUUUCCCAAACAAGAAGAUUUCCCAGGACUUAAAAUAAAGUUUAUGGAGAAAUAUCAAUUUCCAGGGAUUAUAGGAGUAAUUGACGGCACUCAUAUUAAAAUAUCUGCUCCAAGGCGUGAAAUUGAGCAUAUAUAUUACUGUCGAAAAGGAGGACAUUCAAAGAAUGUGAUGAUUAUAUGCGAUUCAAAUUAUAUUAUUUUGGCAGCUAACGCACGAUUUGGUGGUACAGCACAUGAUUCUUAUGUUUGGAGAAGUUCCCAAGCUUGCAGAAGACUGGAAGAUUUAUAUACUGGAGGAGAACGUAAUUAUUGGCUUUUAGGAGAUAGUGGUUACCCAUUGCAGCCGUGGUUGAUGACUCCUAUACUUUCAACGUGCAAUACAUCCGAAGAGCGCUAUAACAUCGCGCACAAAUCGACACGAGCUUUAGUAGAAAGAUGUAUUGGUAUACUAAAAUCAAGAUUUCGAUGCUUAUCAAAAGAAAGGACACUUUACUAUAGUCCACCAAAAGCAGGUCUGAUAAUAAACGCCUGUUUGGUCCUGCAUAAUUUUUUAGUUCGGAAAAAGAUACCGCAUCCGGAAAUAAUAUCAGAGGAAAUGAAUGACAAUGGGGAACAAACAAAUGCGACUGCGGAUAUUUCAUGCCGAAAUAUAUCAAGUAUUGCAAAAAGGCAACGUUCCGAGAUAGUUGAAAACGUAUUUGCUCAAUAGAUAAGAAUAGAUUGAAAAAUCAAUACAAUCAUUAAAAAAACAAGUGAAAAAGCAGUUGAAUACCGUUCACCAUUUGGAAAGAAUUUAAAAAUUCUCAAAAAAAAAAAAAACAAAAAACUAAAUAAAAA